GUUAAUCAACGAGAGUUCAAAGGUUAGCCGGCUGCGACAAAACAUGUCCAGCAUGAGACUGAUUGGAGCUGCAAAACAAUUGCUUCGUCUUCGAACAUCACAGCUAUGCGGAGAACAGCUGUGCAGAAGCUUCUCAGUCUCAUCAGUAACAGAUGCUCGUGUACACAUCAAUUAUGAUCUCAAGGGAGAUGUUGCUGUUGUCAGAAUUAACUCCCCUAAUUCGAAGGUCAACACUUUGUCAACAGCGUUGCAAGGGGAGUUUAAAGAAGUCUUUUCUGAGAUUCAAGCCAAUGAAAGUGUUCACAGUAUCGUAAUUAUCUCUUCCAAACCUGGUUGCUUCAUUGCUGGUGCAGAUAUUGAUAUGAUUGAUGCCUGCAAGAAUAAGGAACAGUUAAAAACCUUGUCUGUAAAGGGUCAGACGAUCUUUCAGCAAAUGGAGGACAGCAAAAAGCCAAUUGUUGCAGCUAUAAUGGGUUCGUGCUUGGGAGGUGGUCUAGAGUUAGCACUGGCUUGUCAUUACCGACUUGCUGUCAAACACCAGAAGACUGGUCUAGGCGUUCCAGAAGUUAUGCUUGGGUUACUCCCAGGAGCUGGUGGGACACAAAGGCUUCCAAAAAUGGUGUCUGUGACAAAUGCAAUGGAUAUGAUGUUGACAGGGAAGACGAUUCGUGCAGACAAGGCCAAAAAGAUGGGACUUGUUGAUCAGCUUAUUGAUCCCUUGGGUCCUGGUGUUGCAUCUCCUGAAGAAACAACUCUGGCCUAUCUCGAGGACGUUGCCAUUAAAACAGCCAAAGGUCUGUCAAAUGGCUCAAUAACGAAAGCGCCCAGAAAGAAAGGUUUACCUGAAAAAGUCAUGGAUGUCCUUAUGAAGUAUGAUAUGGGGAAGGACUACAUUUUCAAGCAGGUCAAGGGACAAGUGAUGAAGAUGACUGGUGGCCUUUAUCCGGCACCACUAAAGAUCAUUGAGGUUGCAAGAAUUGGGAUAGAUAAAGGAAAAAAGGCAGGAUAUGAUGCAGAAUCUGAGGCAUUUGCUGAGCUAGGAAGCACCAAAGAAUCAAAAGCUCUGAUUGGUCUAUUUCAUGGACAGACUGUAGGAAAGAAAAACCCAUUUGGCAAACCACAGAAACCAGUAAACAAUCUCGGUAUUCUUGGAGCUGGUCUGAUGGGGGCAGGUAUUGCUCAAGUCAGCAUCGACAAAGGAAUGACCGUGCAGCUCAAAGACAUGAGUGCUCAAGGGUUAGCCAGGGGCCAAGAUCAAGUGCAGAAAGGUCUUGAUAAAAAAGUCAAGCAAAGGAGAAUAACAAAAUUUGAAAGUGAUAAAAUCUUGUCAUACCUAGAGCCCACACUACGAUAUGACAACUUCCACAAAUGUGAUAUGGUGAUCGAGGCUGUGUUUGAAGAUCUAAACAUUAAGCAUAAAGUAAUUAAGGAAGUGGAGCAGCACAUACCAGAUCAUUGUGUUUUCGCUACCAACACAUCAGCUCUACCAAUUACAAAGAUAGCAGAAGCUAGCAAAAGACCAGAAAAGGUCAUUGGUAUGCACUACUUUUCACCUGUGGAUAAAAUGCAACUGUUAGAAAUUAUUACAGCAGAAAAAACAUCAAAAGACACAAUAGCAUCGGCAGUGGAUGUUGGACUGAGGCAGGGGAAAAUUGUCAUCACUGUCAAAGAUUGUCCUGGUUUCUACACGACAAGACUUUUGGGUCCAACAUUGUCUGAAAUAAUCAGGAUUAUCCAGGAAGGUGUAUCACCAAAAGACCUUGAUGCCAUGUCCAAGAAGUUUGGAUUUCCUAUUGGUGUAGCAACACUGGUGGAUGAGGUUGGAGUUGAUGUGGCUAGUCACGUGAUUGCUGAACUGCAGGAGGCUUAUGGUGAAAGGUUUAAAGGUGGAGAUGCCAAGGUGCUGCAGGAUUUAGUUGCUAACGGUUUUCUUGGUCGCAAGUCAGGAAAAGGAUUCUUUGUCUAUGAGAAAGGCUCAAAGGAAAGGCCAGAAAAUGAGGAUGUAAAGAAACUUGUGCAGCAGCACCAUCUUCCAGAUAAAGGAGUGAGUUCAGUAGAAGAUAUUCAGCACCGGCUAAUAUCUCGACUUGUCAAUGAGGCAGUUCUUUGUUACCAAGAAGGAAUAAUUUCCAACCCUCUUCAUGGUGAUGUAGGAGCGGUGUUUGGCAUUGGAUUUCCACCAUUCCUUGGAGGUCCCUUCCGAUACCUAGAUCUUCAUGGUGCUAAGCCUCUGGUGGAGAAAAUGCUGCGUUACAGAGAUGCGUAUGGACCCGAGUUUCAGCCCUGUCAGUUGUUGAUGGAUCAUGCCAAUGACUCAUCUAAAUUAUUCCAUGUGAAAAAAGCCAAAACAGACUGAGAAACAACGUAUUCCUGAUCAAAUGGUCUUGUUAUAUAAAAUAUAUACAAAAUUUAAAAUAUGUGGAAAUGGAUGAAAUCGCACCUUAGAUGUGAAAAUGUGUGGGAAUGGAUGAAAUCGCACCAUUGAUGUGAAAAUUUAUGCAGGCACAUGAAUUGUAUGAUCACCACUUGUCUGGAUAUGGUGACUUGUGUGAUUUAUUGUUUUGACGGUGAUGCUUGCUUAUCACAGAUUUGCCUUGUGUAUGUAUUAAAAUACUGCACCAUGACAAUUUCAUUUUGUACAGUGUGUUGUGGUUUAAAAUAUCUGAGACUGACAGUGUAUAGCAUUUUUUGAAUUAAAUCUAUCACAGUAUUUGUUUUAUAUAUAUAUAAAGUUUCACUGGAAAGUGUAUGUGUUAGGAAUCAUGCUAUGCACAAUUGACAAGAGACACUGGACAGAGCCUCUGUAAAAUGGUAUACAAGUUUAUAAAAUAAAUUUUGAAUAUG